AUGGGUGAUGUUGAAAAAGACAAGAUGUUUAUGCAGAAAUGUUCUCAGUGCCACACAGUUGAAAAAGGUGGAAAGCACAAGAUGGGUCCAAACCUUUGGGGUGUAUUUGGCCGCCAAACAGGACAAGCUGAAGGAUUUUCUUAUUCAGAAGCGAACAAAACAAAAGGAAUUGUCUGGAGUGAGAGUACAAUGAUGGAAUGUUUGGAAAACCCUAAGAAAUACAUUCCUGGUACAAAAAUUAUUUUUGCUAGAAUUAAGAAGAAAAAUGAAAGAGCUAAUCUUGUUGCAUACUUGAAAAAAGCAACCUCAUGA